UACCUUAACUGCUAUUAUCAUUCUACCUCUUUUUAUCCUUUUCAACAUUCCAAUCUCGAAAAACCAAAAAAACAAAAAAAUAAAAAAUAAAAAUAAGAGCCCCUCUGUGUGUACAAUUUCACAAUCCUCUGACGAUCUCUUUUCCAUGCUUGCUACUGCAGUGCAGCUAUUUCCCCCAUUUUUAAGGUACGUAAAAUAAAAAUAAUAAUUAGAGAUGGCGGAGGGGACAUACGUGAAGCUAAAUGAGGAUCAUCAUUCCGGGCAGAACAUCACUCCUGGUGAGCUCAAUGAAGCAAUUGAUGUCGAUAAGUUGCAUGCUCGAAUAUGUGAGCAAUGUGGACAAGUUUUACCGCCAAGCUACAUUCCGCCUGCAGACGAAGAUUGGGCUACUGGGAUUUUUGGUUUUUGCGAGGAUGCCGAUAGUUGCCUAACCGGGUUCUUUUGCCCUUGUGUACAAUUCGGACGCAACGUUGCGGCCUUGAACGAUGACAUCUCUUCAGAAAGAGCAUGCAUAGGUCAUGCGGUAUGCAUCGAAGGUGGCAUUGCAGCUGCUGCAGCAACAGCAGCAUUUCAGGGCAUGAUUGACCCCGACACGGUGUGUCUUCUCACCGAGGGGUUGCUGUUUGCUUGGUGGGUGUGUGCUAUCUACACCGGCAUGGGCCGGCAGUUGUUGCAGAGAAGAUACCAUUUGAAGGAUUCGCCUUGCGAUCCAUGCCUGGUGCACUGCUGCCUCCACUGGUGCGCCAUAUGCCAAGAACACAGAGAGAUGCAGCAUCACCUGUCGGAUUUCAGCACGUCGGAGGACACGGUCGUAAGCCCCCCAGAGACUCAGCAGAUGAAUGCUGCUGCCGAGAAACGCGAGAAUGUAUCAUCUUCCGACCAAGGCGACGCCCCCAACAACUUACAGCUGCAGCCUGUGUGAAAUUCUUGCAAUCUUGUUAUAAUAAAACUUCAUUAAUCGUUCAUCUUUACCUUAAUUAGUAAAUCGAAAUUGUUAGAGUUGGUGAUCAAACUCUACAAGUAGUACUUCAUUAUGCUCAAAAUAUAUUUUAGUGUUCAAUUGGAGACAACCUAGUUAGUGUCCUUUACCUUUGUAAACAAGAAAUGAAUAUAAAGUAAUUAGAUCUUACGCACUACUAAUA